AUGAGUUUGAAGGAGAAGAAGAUUACUUCUUUAAUUAUCUGUUUCCUUCUGUUGCUUCUUCUUCCAAUCGUCUUUUCUAAGCCGACAAGAAACUUAGAUGGAACAGGUACUGCAAGAGCUUUAACGGUGCAACAAAUAAGAAAUAAACAUGGAACUAGAGAGGUGAUACUGGAUAAUGGGAUCAUCAGAGUUAGUUUCUCGAGUCCUCAAGGACUUAUAACUGGCAUCAAAUACAACGGAGUCGAUAAUGUUCUCAGUCCACAUCAACGAGCUCGAGGGUACUGGGACAUAACAUGGCAAGGAGGCUUGGAUAGAAUCGAAGGAACUAAAUUUAAAAUCAUAACUCAAAACCAAGAACAAGUGGAGAUUUCUUUCUCUAGAACAUGGGAGAGUGGUUCUCGUUCUCGUUCUCAUCACCAUAUUCCACUAACCGUAGACAAGAGGUAUAUUAUACGUAAAAAUACUUCAGGAAUCUACGCAUACGGAAUCUUCGAGAGACUUCCCGAAUGGCCAGAAUUUGAUAUGGGUCAAGUUCGAAUAGUCUUCAAACUCGACCAAGAUAAGUUUCAUUACAUGGCGGUCGCGGAUGAAAUACAAAGAGAGAUGCCAACGGACGGAGACCGCGAUAUCCAUCGUGGUCAUGCUAAGGCUCUUGGUUAUAAAGAGGCUGUGCAACUGACUCAUCCUCAUAACCCCAUGUUCAAAAACCAAGUUGAUGAUAAGUACCAAUACUCAUGUGAGAUCAAAGACAACAAGGUGCAUGGUUGGAUCUCAACUAAAUCCCACGUUGGCUUUUGGAUUAUCUCACCUAGUGGUGAAUACCGCUCUGGUGGACCGGUCAAACAGGAGCUCACAUCCCACACCGGUCCAACGGCCAUCGCGAGCUUUAUAAGCGGGCAUUAUCUCGGUACGGACAUGGAUGUGCAUUAUGGUGAAGCGUGGAAAAAAGUCUUAGGACCUGUUUUUAUCUACUUGAACUCCGGAGAUGAUUUGCUACUUGAACUCAACCACGACCUCAUCUACACAAUUGGAGCUAGUAACUAUAGCCAAGACUGGUUCUACGCUCAUGUCACAAGAAACAAUGGUGGUUCGACGUACAAACCAACGACAUGGCAGAUCGUGUUUCAUCUUCCAUACGUGAACAUGAGAGGCAGCUACACAUUGCAGUUAGCUUUAGCCUCAGCUGCACGGGCUAAUCUACAAGUACGGUUCAAUAACCAAUACACAACGGGCUAUAUCGGAAGGGAUAAUGCUAUAGCAAGACAUGGGAUCCACGGAAUCUACCGGCUUUAUAGCAUCAAUGUGCCUGGAAGGUUGCUACGAACAGGGACCAACACGAUUUAUCUUCGACAAGCUAAAGCAUCAGGACCGUUCGAAGGACUUAUGUAUGAUUACAUUCGUCUCGAAGAGCCUUCUAGAGAUUAA